GGCCCAGAUCUCACCCAGAUCAGUUCUAGUCGCUGCUGCUAGUACCCGUCCUCGGCUCUUGCGUGUCCGUCCGUUACGACUCAGAGGACGGAGAGAAAGUCUAAGUCACCUUCCUCAGUAUCCAGGCCGGAAGGAGACUCUCGGCUACUCGCCCUAAACAUGGAGAGCAGCACUGGCUUCCCUGUCUCUGGAUGCCGCAGGGGCGUCCUGUCAGGAGUUGUAGUGGCAAGAUUCCAGUUCUUAUGCGACUUGGUGGAGAAGCAGGAAGUUGCUGUUUAUCGGACAAGGCGGGCUAGGGAGGGAAACAACCCCGCGGAGCCAUAUGGAGAGGGCAGGAGGUGUCCUUAGUUAAUGGUAGGCCUGCGGCGGACGGUGGGGCGGUGUUGAGUCCUGGCCCUUUAAACCCGAGGGGGAGGACCCGGAAGUGGAUGGGCGGGGCGAAGGGCCCUCGUAUAUAAGAGGGCCCCAGCCGCGCGGGGUCUCUAAUCUGCCAUUUUCUGUCCCCGAGUGAGUCUCUGGUGUCGCAAAUUGCCUGUUUUUCUCACAGGCUCUAUUCCGUUCGCUGGUUCGCCACCUCAGGGGAACGAUGGCCACUGAGUCCACAGCUACUGCCGCCGUCGCCGCGGAGCUGGUUUCUGCCAACAAAAUUGAAGAUGUUCCUGCUCCUUCUACAUCUGCAGAUGAAGUGGAGAGUCUGGAUGUGGAUAGUGAAGCUAAGAAACUAUUGGGUUUAGGACAGAAACAUCUGGUGAUGGGGGAUAUUCCAGCAGCUGUCAAUGCAUUCCAGGAAGCAGCUAGUCUUUUAGGUAAGAAGUAUGGAGAGACAGCUAAUGAGUGUGGAGAAGCCUUCUUUUUCUAUGGGAAAUCACUUCUGGAGUUGGCAAGAAUGGAGAAUGGUGUGUUGGGAAACGCCUUGGAAGGUGUGCAUGUGGAAGAGGAAGAAGGAGAAAAAACAGAAGAUGAAUCUCUGGCAGAAAAUAAUGAUAAUAUAGAUGAGGAAGCAAGGGAAGAGUUGAGAGAACAGGUUUAUGACGCCAUGGGAGAAAAAGAAGAAGCCAAAAAAACAGAAGACAAGUCUUUGGCAAAGCCUGAAACUAAUAAAGAACAGGACAGUGAAGUGAAGAAGGGUGGAAGAGAAGAUAUGGAUAUAAGUGAAUCUGCAGAGGAGCCACAGGAAAAAGUUGACUUGACUCUAGAUUGGUUAACUGAAACCUCUGAAGAGGCAAAAGGAGGAACAGCACCAGAAGGACCGAAUGAAGCUGAGGUUACUUCUGGGAAGCCAGAACAGGAAGCGCCAGAUGCUGAGGAAGAAAAAUCAGUUUCUGGAACUGAUGUCCAAGAAGAGUGCAGAGGAAAAGGUCAGGAGAAGCAGGGAGAGGUAAUUGUGAGCAUGGAGGAGAAGCCAAAAGAAGUUUCAGAAGAGCAACCUGUGGUGACUGUAGAAAAGCAGGGCACUGCAGUGGAGUUAGAAGCAGAGUCUUUAGACCCAACAGUCAAGCCAGUGGAUGUGGGUGGGGACGAGCCAGAGGAGAAGGUAGUUACCUCUGAACAUGAGGCAGGAAAGGUGGUUCUUGAACAACUGGUAGGUCAAGAAGUGCCACCUGCUGAAGAGUCACCAGAGGUGACAACAGAGGCUGCAGAGGCCUCAGCUGUAGAGGCUGGAUCAGAAGUCUCUGAAAAGCCUGGGCAGGAGGCUACAGUUCUCCCUAAGGAUGGUGCAGUCAAUGGACCGUCAGCUGUAGGAGAUCAGACUCCUAUUGAACCACAGACUUCUAUAGAAAGACUGACAGAAACAAAAGAUGGCUCAGGACUAGAGGAGAAGGUCAGGGCAAAGCUGGUUCCUAGUCAGGAGGAGACUAAGCUGUCUGUAGAAGAGUCUGAGGCAGCUGGAGAUGGGGUUGAUACCAAGGUAGCCCAGGGAGCUACUGAGAAAUCAACUGAAGACAAAGUUCAGAUAGCUGCUAAUGAAGAGACACAAGAGAGAGAAGAACAGAUGAAAGAGGGUGAAGAAACUGAAGGAUCAGAAGAGGAUGAUAAAGAAAAUGAUAAGACUGAAGAAAUGCCAAACGAUUCAGUCCUUGAAAACAAGUCUCUUCAAGAAAAUGAAGAGGAGAAGAUUGGGAACCUAGAGCUUGCCUAUAGUCUGGAUUUAGCAAAGAUCAUUUUUAAAAGGCAAGAAACAAAAGAAGCCCAGCUUUAUGCUGCCCAGGCACAUCUUAAACUCGGAGAAGUUAGUGUUGAAUCUGAAAACUAUGUGCAAGCUGUGGAGGAGUUCCAGUCCUGCCUAAACCUGCAGGAACAGUACCUAGAAGCCCACGACCGUCUCCUUGCAGAGACCCACUACCAGCUGGGCUUGGCUUAUGGGUACAACUCUCAGUAUGAUGAGGCAGUGGCACAGUUCAGCAAAUCUAUUGAAGUUAUUGAGAAGAGAAUGGCUGUACUAAAUGAGCAUGUGAAGGAGGCUGAAGGAUUGUCUGCUGAAUACAAGAAAGAAAUUGAGGAACUAAAGGAACUGCUACCCGAAAUUAGAGAGAAGAUAGAAGAUGCAAAAGAGUCUCAGCAUAGUGGGAAUGUAGCUGAACUGGCUCUGAAAGCUACUCUGGUGGAGAGCUCUACUUCAGGUUUCACUCCUAGUGGAGGAGGCUCUUCAGUCUCCAUGAUUGCCGGUAGAAAGCCAACAGAUGGUGCUUCCUCAUCAAACUGUGUGACUGAUAUUUCCCACCUUGUCAGAAAGAAGAGGAAACCAGAGGAAGAGAGUCCCCGGAAAGAUGAUGCAAAGAAAGCCAAACCAGAGCCGGAGGUGAACGGAGGCAGUGGGGAUGCUGUCCCCAGUGGAAAUGAAGUUUCGGAAAACAUGGAGGAGGAGGCUGAGAAUCGGGCUGAAAGCCGGGCGGCAGUGGAGGCGACAGUGGAGGCUGGAGCUACAGUUGAAAGCACUGCAUGUUAAGAGGCGGCACAGCCCCCCUCCCAAGGGAAAGUGUUUUUGUAUAUAAUGUAUUUUUUCACUUUUGGAGGAUUCUUUUUGUAUAACUUCAAUAAAGAUUGUAAGCAAAGGUUGAGGCUUUGAUGGUUUUUUUUCUUAAUUAUUGGCUGAAUCUGCCUUGGAACACUCCUGGUUUUACAUAGUAGCCAAAGGUUUUGUUCUGGCCUUCUGUACUGAUCUGUGUUCCUGAUCCUAAUUCUUAUCUGUCUAACGUGGAGGUGAUCAAGUGUGGCUGUAGGCCUUUGUUUUCCAAUGGUGCUAUAUUCUGUUUUCAAAUACUUCACUGAAUCCAGCUGUCUUGCAAAACCUUUAGUGGUGCUGUCCCUGGAUGGGGCUACAAAAACAAGACUUGGUGAAGAUCUUGCUCUUCGGUGCUGAAAAUGGAUUAUGGACUUCGGCUGUGAGCCAGGCCUAGAAUGGUACUUGUCCUAUAUCAACCUAGUCUUCAACUGGGGCUAUAAUCCUGUCCUGGAAAAAGAACUCUGAAGAAAACCUGGGUCAGGGGAAUGAUUCCUAAGGAAAACGGUCUGCAUCUGAGCUCUGGUUUGAAAGUAGCCAAGGGACUGAUGGUGGACACUCCAGAUGUGGUUGGAAGCAUAUGUGGGGAGGCUGGCUGGUUGAGUUUUGUUAUUUUCUGUAUAGAAAGGUUGAGAUAUAUCAACACUUGGAAUUGUUACCCAUCAACUGAAUUGACUUCUCAAAUAAAGAUGCUAAAAAUC